AAGCUGUAAGCUGUUAAUGGAGUGUGGAGGAGCGAGGUGAAACCGCCCCUUCCAAGCCCAAGCUAUGGAUUCCCAGAACCCGAACCCGAACCCGAACUAUGACCGGAAUUCGAACCCUAAUCCCCGACCCCAACCGGCCUCCCGCCGUCCUCGUGGCUUUGCCGCCAGAAUGGCCGGCAACGCUGCCUCUGCUACUGCCAACAAGAGCAGGAAGGAGAGAGAGAAACAGAAGGAGCGCACCAAGUUUCGCGAGCGCGAUCGCCGGGCCUUCACUUCCCGGAUGAUGGCCGGCCUCCGCCAGUACGGCAAUUUCGACCUCCCGCCCCGUUCUGACAUGAAUGACGUCCUCUCUGCCCUCGCCCGCCAGGCCGGUUUUACCGUCGAGCCCGAUGGCAACACUUAUAGACCGGCAGCUCCUUCUAACGUGGUGCCUUAUCCAGCGAGGGUGGUUGGGAAUCCACUUCCUGCUGAUUCUUUGAAAAAUUGCUCAACAAGUGCAUCGAUAGAGGCAUCAGUUCUUAGAAUUGAUGAGAGCUUGUCUCCAGCUAGUUUUGAUUCUGUUGUUGUACCAGAUACGGGUGCAAAGGCUGAUAAGUACACAAGUAGCAGCCCCAUGAAUUCAUCAGGAUGUUUAGAGGCUGAUCAGCUUAUGCAAGAAGUCCAUACGGGAGAGCAUGGACAUGAUUUUUUAGGAACUCCAUAUGUUCCUGUCUAUGUCAUGCUUUCUAGUGGCAUAAUUAACAAUUUAUGCCAAUUAGUGGAUCCCAGUGGUGUUCAACAUGAAUUACAACUACUAAAAUCUUUAAACAUAGAUGGUGUAGUUAUAAAUUGCUGGUGGGGGAUUGUUGAACGACGUAAUCAGGAAUAUAAGUGGCUUGGAUACAAAGAAUUAUUCAAUAUCAUCCGAGAUAUGGGAUUGAAAUUGCAGGUUGUAAUGGCGUUUAAUGCCUAUGGUGGAAAUGAUUUCAAUGUGGAUAUAUCUCUCCCUGAGUGGGUUUUGAAGAUUGGAAAAGACUGCCCGGAAAUAUUCUUCGCUGAUCGUGUAGGAAGAUGGAAUACUGAAUGUCUUUCUUGGGGAAUAGAUAAUGAGCGUAUUUUAGACCGUAGAACUGGUCGAGAGGUUUAUUAUGAAUUCAUGAGAAGCUUUCGAGCUGAAUUUAAUGAUUUGUUCACUGAGGGUCUCAUUUCUGCUGUGGAAAUUGGACUUGGAGCUUCCGGGGAGUUGAAGUACCCUUCUUUUUCUGAAAGAAAUGGAUGGAGAUUUCCCGGUAUUGGUGAAUUUCAGUGUUAUGAUAAGUUUCUUCUGCAAAGUCUUAAAUAUGCUGCAGAGAAACGAGGGCAACCUUCCUGGGCAAUGGGGCCUAAUUAUGUUGGUUGUUAUAAUUCUAGGCCACAUGAGACUAGAUUUUUCCGUGAAAAAGGUGAUUAUAAUAGCUGCUAUGGACGAUUCUUCCUCCAGUGGUAUACCCAGGCCUUAAUAGAUCAUGCUGAUACCAUUCUGUCAGCUGCAACUGAAGCAUUUGAUGAAACACCGUUAGUUGUGAAGAUUCCGGGAAUUCAUUGGUGGUAUAAAGCGAGCAGCCAUGCAGCAGAACUCACUGCUGGAUAUUACAACACAUCAAACCGAGAUGGCUAUUCUCCACUCUUUGAGGUCCUCAAAAAACACAAUGCGACAGUGAAGUUAGUCAGCAAGGAAACACAGAUUUCACCCCACGAUCUUGUUCAAGCAUAUGCAGAUCCCAAUGGCUUGUGUUGGCAGGUCCUAAAUGGUGCUUGGGAAAAGGGAGUAGCUAUAGCUGGUCAUAACGCCCCCGGGGAUUAUGAUAGAGAAACAUUUAUGAGACUCGUGGAGACAUCAAAGCCAAGAAAUGAUCCCUAUCGACACCACUCCACAUUCUUUGUACUCGAACGGCCAUGGCAGCGGAUUCAAACGGCAGAGAACAUCUCAGAAUUAGAAUAUUUUGUUAAAUGCAUGCAUGGCUAUGCAUAGCAGAGCCGUUCCAAUAAAAAUUUGGGUCAUGUACAAUAUCUUAAUUUGUAGCCUUUUUUUUUUUCAAGUAAUUUCGAUAUAUAAAUAGUAGUUGUUCAAAAAGCUGUAUCAAAAUAUA